UCAUGUUAGCUCGGUGUUGUGAUGGAAGUGAUGGCGAUCAGCAUACUGGGGGGCGUUGUCGGCGUGGCGAACAACGACGACGGCUGCACAACACACAUGGGCAGCCGGCAUUCUCAUGGGAUCUGUCCUUCUUUGUGUGUCACUUGUCGCCCACUCAUCACAUGAAGCGGCGCUGUGACGAGCCAGGAGGCGUCAGCUGAACCACUGGGAUGGGCCAGGCCAAUCAUGUUCGCCUCGCCCACAUUCUCACAACGGUUGUAGUCGCGGUAGCGCCUGCACUUCUUCUCCUUUGAUGUGAGAGCGCGGCCGGAGUACUCUCCGUCAGCGAUGGUACAGAAGGGCAGGACGUCCUUCGUAUGGACCAGGCGCUGAUAAUUAUGGUUGCCCCGACGACUCAUGGUCCGCAUAUACGCCUGCUUGUCGCCCAUACCGUGUGCCGCCAGCUGCUUUGCGGCCCUGACGCGAGUGCACACGAAACGCUGGUAGCAGUCUUCUUUGGCCGUCACCACCUUGCCACCAAUCUUGAAGCUCAUCCAGCCGCGAUUCUUACAGCGGCGGGGCAGGUGCCAAACCUCUCGACAUAUGUUCUUGGCCAUAUGAGCGAGAGCCCCACAAGAGGUCGCGACUGCAUCGUUGGCCCUUGCUUGAUCUAAGUCCGUCUCCUUCUUCCAGCCCCGGUUGUGCCACUCGACCGUGCAGUCGUCAGCCACCGUGAUGAUGUCGCAUCCACCAGAGGCAUCGAACUGCUGGCGAAGCACCGUGUGUCUCGCCUUGCACUCUCGUUCAGUGCCGUCGAAGCCCUUCAGCGUCCAGUCGUCCAAUAUCACAUCACCGGCCUGCUUGUAAGAGAAGCCCGGCUGAUGGAGCGCUCCCCAUGGCAGCGGGGUGGACUGGGCCGCGAAGAGCUGAUGUGCGGUGGAUGUAGAGGCGCCCGCGCUGGCACUGGCACUGUGUGGGUGUGAGGGGUCAUCGAUGUCCAUGGGAUCAUCAUCAUCGUCCUCGCCGGUCAGAUCUUCCACGUCGGCGUCAGAAGCGUGGUAAUCUUGAUAAUCGUCGUGAACAGAGUCAUCCGCCGGAAAGGCGCAGCAGCCGGUGCUCAUACAAAGCAAGUAUGGGAGCAGGAGUGACCAUGUGGAUGCCUUCAUCGCUGCCUAACAGGAGUGUCC